AUGAUGGAGGAGCAAGUAGAAUCUGGCAUGUGUUUGUUGUGCUUAAGAUGUGAGGAAUCGGUGAUAAUGAAAAACAUUGAAUCGGAACUAGAAAAAGUGGAUGUUCUCUGUCAGCAUUUUUGGUUCGCUCCCGAAACAGUUCAAAACCAAAUGAUUUGUAUUGGCUGUUGGGAUCAAGUUAAAGGAUUCCACGCGUUUUACACUGAAGUUGAGCGGGUCCAUUCAGCAGGAUGCAUCGUGAUAGAUUCCAAUGACUCCAAUGAUGAACCGGCAGCGCAGCAAAUAUCGCAAAUAUUUCUAACAGACUCUAAAAAUUUAUCUGAUGACGAGUCCAGCUCUGAUGUUGGACGAUGUUUGGUCAGCGAUCUGGAAAUAGUACUUCUUACCAAAGACAACGACACGGAUGAGUUGCUUCCAACAGAUUCUCAAUCCCACGACGACUGCCACGAAAGUCCUGACAAACUAGACGAAUGUUUGUAUGGCGAUACAUUAAUCAACAUUCGUACGACGGCGGAGCAAAAUGUAUACAACUGCGAUCAGAGUGAUCAUGUUUUCAGCCAGCUAUAUAAACUCAAUGCCCACAAGAAACGGCACAGUAAUGUUUCUAGCGAGAAGAACAAUUACGAGUGCAGGGAGUGCUGUAAGAGUUUUUGUAGUGAAAAAAGCUUACGACAGCAUUACCUUGGGACACACGCUCCGGGCGAUCUGAUAUUUGGCACAUACUCUCAAGGACAAACACGAUUUGGGGUUCAUCGAAAAGUGCAUCAAGGAGGCGCAGAAUCACAGACCAGAGUGGAGUGUGAGCUUUGUGGAAAGUGGCUUAAGAAUUCAGGUAGUUUAAGAAAGCAUACCCUUAGGCAUAAGAGCAGCAGUGAACCGCAGAUAUGCGAUAUUUGCGGCAAACGUGCACCAAACUCCCUGGCGUUACAAAGCCAUAAAAUGUUUGUGCACAGGAAAGAGAAAUCGUUUAAAUGCAGCAUUUGUCAGAAAGCGUUCAAAAGGGCGUUCACACUGCAGGAACACAUGACCAUUCACACAGGCGAUAUUUUGUACCAAUGUGUGUACUGUCCUAAGUCGUUUAACUCGUCUGCAAAUAUGCACGCACACAGGAAGGGGAUGCAUCCUGUAGAGUGGAAAAAGGGGCGAAUGCAGAACAACGAAGACCCGUCCCAGGCGGGAUGUUAA